AUGGCGCGGCCCAGUCUGCUGCAAGCCAUAUUCCAGCAGCCGUCCCAGUCCUAUGUCGUGCGAGAGGACGCCUACUCGACGCCUAGCGUGAACAUAUGGAGAGCGUCAUUCCCAUUUGCACACGGCAAGGACACCAAGAAACACCAGUCGCUAUCGCUCGACGUCGGACAGGUCCCCGUUCUGCCGUUCGAGGGUCCAUCGUCGAUGACACCAUCCUCCUCCCCUUCUCCCACACCGCCACUGCUUUCUCCCGUAAGCACACCCAAGUCCAGCACUCCCUCCUUCACCGACGACACGAGCGACUCGUCCGACUUUGUCACGCCCCCCGACUCUCCGCAGCCGUUUGUUGACGAAUUGCAACAUGCAGUCACACAAGAGACCCUGCCCCCUCCGUCGCUUCUAUUGAGCGCCGCACGACCCCCAAUGACGUCCAUCACAUCUGACGACUCGACUCUAUCAACACCCGAUUCUAUCUUUAGCACUCGAUCACGGACACAGCCGCUACAAGUCGUCAGUCCAGCCCCGUAG